AAGAAGAUUAGUUUCAUCGCGCUCUCAGUUGUUUUAUCGGGAUGCCGUUUUAAUACAAACUGUUAGAAAUGUUGUUUCUGUUGAAACAGGCCAUAAAUACCUGUAAUAUUCUCAUUCUCGUAGUCGUGACUAAGUUCUUAAGAAAGCAGGAAUAUCUGGAGGAGAAUCAUCUGAACUGAGAUCUGCUGCUGUGAAGAUGGUGUUUGUUAAAGAGGAGAGUGAGGAGGACAAGAGGAACCAGAACCCUGGAAAAUAAAACAGGAGGAACAAGGAGGAACAUCUGGAGGAGAAUCAGCUGAACUGAGAUCUGCUGCUGUGAAGAUGGUGUUUGUUAAAGAGGAGAGUGAGGAGAACAUGUGUGAACCAGAACCCUGGAGAAUAAAACAAGAGGAACCAGAAACAUGGAAAAUAAAACAGGAGGAACAAGGAGAGUUGUGUGAAGAAAAAGAGGAGAAUGAAGAAUCAAGUAAAGUUGAGGAGAAAAAUCCUGUCAAAACUGGAGAAAAACCUUUAAGCUGCUCUAAAACAAAACAGAAAGAUGUAAAGAGAAGAAGAGCCAAGAAAUCUUUCACCUGCACUCAGUGUGGAAAGAGUUUGACAAGCACAACAGCUCUUCAGCAUCACAUGAGAAUUCAUACUGGAGAGAAACCGUUCACUUGUGAUCAAUGUGGGAAGAGUUUCUCACAAUCAGCAAACCUUAAGGAGCACAUGAACAUCCACACUAGAGAGAAGCAGCAUGCAUGUGAUCAAUGUGGUAAAAUUUAUUUAUGGGCUUCAGGUCUGAAGAAACACUUGAAAGUUCAUACAAAGGAGAAGCCACAUUCAUGCCAUUGGUGUGGUAAGUGUUUUUGGCAUCUACAAAGUUUGAAGGUAUAUCAGAAUAUACAUACUGCUGUGAGAGAAUACAUGUGCUCUAAGUGUGAAAAGACUUUUACUUCAGUAAACUAUUUAAAACUGCAUGAAAGGAUACAAGCUGAAGAGAAACUUUAUAAGUGUUCACACUGUGACAAGAGAUUCAAUCAGUCAGUACAUCUCAAAACACAUGAGAUGAUCCACACUGGAGAGAGACCUGCAUAUGUGAAGCGUUGUAAUCAUUUAUCUGCUCUACACAGUCAUACUAAAAACAAGCACAGCAAGGCGCCGUAA